AACACCUGGAUCUCCAUCACUUUUUGUGUGCUGAGCGUGCUGAUGAACUGUCAGUGGCAGAGCUUACUGUGUCGCGUGGAGGCGGGGCUCCUCAACAUGUUUGGCUCGGAGGAGGAGGAGGAGGAGGAGGAGGCGAAGAGGUCGCCGCAGUACACCGUCCAGCUCCGAGGCUGCGAGGUCAGAGCCGGGCCGGACACCGACCGCUCCCACAGGAUCACACUGAGCAUGCUCGGUGACCAGGUGGCGGUGCUGGAGGUGAGUAGUUCGGGUGAGAAGGAGCGAUGGCUGAAGCUGCUGCAGGACGGAGCUGCCCAUCACAGUCGCCAUGACAACCACACACAGGAGCGCACAGGUGGAGCGCUCAGCGGGCUGCAGACCCGAAGGUUUCCCGCCUCCAACACCUACAUGGACGACCCGUUCCACCUGAGCCGACCCGGCCGAGACCAGCCGGUCUACUCCAACACCCCCAUCCUGGAGUACAUGCUGCACAGCUCUCAGGAUUCAGUCCGCUGCAGCUCCGUGUCCUCCAGAGACUCGGUGACCUACAGCAACGCCGUCUUCACCCCCCACA